UUAAAAAUCCCUUUCGCCCGUAUAUUUUGUAGUAUUUAUUUAUUUGAUAAAGGUUUGAGAUAGUAUUUCGAAUUUUUAUAAAAAAUUAAGACGUAUAUAUUAUAUAGCGUAGUUACUCAAACAAUGAUUUUUUUUUGUUAUUUCACCCAUUGCAGUGAUGCUUGGUUAUAUAAAAAUUUAAAAAUAUGAAUAUUCUUUAAAUGUGAUACAUGUUUCCUAGUAACUGCAACACCUCAAAUUAAAUAACAAAUUGAUAUAGCAAUGAAAGAGAUUGUGUUUAUUCAAUAUUUCCCCAUAGUUUUUUGCUAUAGCGAAAAUUAAGGAUAACUCUGCAAUGAUUGGGUGUAUCUAAAAUUGUUUCAGACAAAAUUUUUUGAUAACGUUUAUAAGAUUUACAAACAGUUAGAACAUAUUCGAUGGUGUGCCUACUAAGGGAGCAAUGAUUUUUUUUUGUCAAUUCCUGUUUAACCCCUGCAAAAAUGGUUCGUCUAAUCAAAAAUUGUUUCCGACAAAAGAUUUAGUUAAAAAAAAUUCAAGGUUUUUGAAGAAUUAUAACGGAUUCGAUAGUAUGCAUAAUAAGAGAGUUACGAUUUUUUUGGUCCGAAACACUUUAAUUUUUACACCCCUUGCAGUUAUGGUUGGUCGUAUCAAAAACUUAUUCAGACAAAAGUUCUUCCUAUUUUUUCCUUUAAGCUUUAUGUUCACACGGAUGCGAUAUGCAUCAUAUUAUGGAAGUUGUUGCGAUUUUUCUGUUAAAAAAAACCUUCCCCAUUUCUACCCCUAUGGACUGAUUUUGUCCAUUGACGAACUCGAUCGAGAUUUUCCAUUACUUGAUUUUAUGUAUCAGUUUGGAAUUGAUGUGCGAAAAAUUACGGCAGUUAUCGUGUUCAUAAAAUUGUGAUAUAUAUACAUACAUAUACAUAUAACUUUAGAACUGAUGAUGGUUAUGGGUUUCUUGGACUAUGAAACGUAAAACUACAUAAAAUCUUUCAGGAAGUCGCACCGCUGGUACGUUGAAAAUUCUAUAUUUUUUUUAAUGAUUUUUCCUUACGUAUUUGAAAUUUUCUAAAGAAAGUAAUGUAAGGAAUAAGAAUUAGAUACAAAAUGCACGUUUUAUAUGCCAUAAAAAAACAUUGGUGUGCUAAAACAAAAUGAAUGCAAACAAAACAAAUAUCGUAGCAGGACUGUAUUUGAUACGGGGGAGUUUAGACUAGGAAAUCAAAUUUGUAUAAAUGAGUGCAUACGUAUUAGUCCGCGGCAAUUAUUAUAUAGUUAUCGAUGGUUUUCAUGCAUUCUACGCGGCACAAACAUAUUAUGAAUUUUUAAACUUAAGUACUUACUUAAAAAUUCCAUUUGAGUUGUAACUGUUCGUUCUAACCUGGGAAAUACAACCUAAAUGACAAGACAAAUCAUAUUACAUGUCGUACAUCGUUCCAUUAAGUCAAAGUUUAUAGUAUAUUCCUAUAACAAAUGCGUAUAUAAAAUACAGUAUAUAAUGCACUAAAAACAAGCAGGCCAUUUAGAAAAAUUUUAUUUUCUGUUGACAGUUUACGUGCACAAAAACAUAACAUUUAAUCGUCUCUGGCACGUUAUGAGAUUAAGUUUAUUUUAGAUACUUCCUCUUUCGAAAAAAACAAACAAACAAUUUCGUCACAUACUGUUUUUUUCUUCUGAUUCCAGCAAUCCUUCAACUCAUUGUCUUACAGAAUACCAACAUUUCAUUACAAGUUUUUCGCUGAAAUGGCCCAUUAUUAAAUUAAAUCUUGACUAAUUUUAUAAAAAAAAUAUUUAACCAUAAUCACGAUGAUAUCCGUGUAUGUAAACAGUUACGUAACACUACAAAUGUGAAAAUGUACCCACACACAAACGAAAUUUCGUUUUGUAGCAUAAAGAUUAAUACAGUAGAUAAAUAUUUUUCAAGUUUAGUUUUGUAAUAUUUACUUUUUAUUUCCGAAGGUACAACUACUGUUUGCAAAAAUAAUGAAAAAAAAUUAAGUACUAUUAAAGAGCAUCUACAGGUUUAAAAUUUGCCAAAUGUAAUACUAUAUGAAUUCUGAGCAACAUAUUAAGUUAUUGACAACAUCUUUUAUAGUUACGUAAAAUUCAGUAACAUGCUAAAGGUGGUUCAGAAUAGAAUUCAAAAUUCCAAAGACAGUUUAAGCAUUUUUAAAUACAAAUGCGUAAUUAAUCACAUAAAAAACAUGUUAGACAUUUUACCGUGCCACCUAUUGGUCGAAACUUAUGCUAUAAUGUGUAGUAAAUAAAUCAAAAUUUCCGCAAAAAUUGCUAUAAGUGCACCCAGAAAAAACCUUAAACAAUUCGAGAGUAAAAUCAACAAACAAAAACCACUUAACUCAGAAAUAUUUUAAAAAAUAUUACAGAUGAAAAUAGACAACAGAGAGAUUAAUGAUUAAUGGACUAAAUCUAGGCAAACAGCAGAUGAAUCACAAAAAAAAAGAAGGGGGGGGGGGACAGGCUAUUUUUAAUUAAAUAGUUUCCUUUAAAUAAAUUUUUAAUAAAUCUUAAACUAGCAAACUUAAUGAAUAUUAAAGCAAAGGCAAAUUAAAAUUCUUUAACUACUCUAAUGAAUUAUAUUAUUUCACUUAGGCUUGCAACAUUAGCGAGAAAAAAGAAGAAGCUGGGGUUGACACAGAACCCUCUGCCUGCUGGUAAUGGUCCUGCAACACCAACCUUGCCAGAGAGCCCAGGCGGUGAAAGUUCGGUCCCCACAGUGCCAGAUGUAACCACCAUGGCGUCUUCAGUGGCGGCGUGUACAUCACGCAACACUGAUGACAGUACACAUACUCUGUCCGAUGACUAUCAAGGGAAUGAUGACCUUCCUCCGCUGAUAGUGGUUUACGAGCCUCCAUUGCCACAGACAGAUCCGGGACUCAGUAUGUUAGAGGGUCGAAUGAUGGUUGACGUUCGUCACUUCAUGGUGCAAUGCCGUCUUCUGGAGAGACACAGGUGUCCCAUUUCAUCUUCAGGAACAUAUUUUCUGGAAAGUGUCAACAGGUGCUGUUAUUGUUGGUUCUGUCGAUGGCAAUAGAAUAUGGGGCAAGGAAUUGAAAGGAUCAAUGUUGACUGGAGUAGAAUGGUCACCGGAUGGGAAAAUGCUUCUUUUUAGUAUGCGUUCUGGAGAGAUCCACAUUUACGACAAUCAAGGAAAUUAUUUGAUGAAACUGGGUAUCCAUUGCCUGCCAACCGGUGUGGAGGGAGUGCCUGUGGUGGGUCUGCACUGGUAUGAUGGGCAUCAUGGGUUCGUCGAAGAGGACUGUCCGGUUUUAGCAGUUUGCUUUGAAAAUGGUUCUAUGCAGCUUAUGAGAGGGGAAAACGAUGAUGUGCCUGUGCUGAUUGACACUGGGAUGACAGUUGUCAGCUGCAGCUGGAACCACAAUGGCACCGUCAUUGCAGUGACGGGAAUGAUGCAGCUGCCGUCAGACACCAAGGACUGUAAUGUCAUUCAGUUCUUUACUGCUUCAGGAGAGCACUUGCGCACACUGAAGAUCCCUGGGAAGGAAGUUACGAGCUGUGCUUGGGAAGGGGGUUCUCUGCGUGUCGCACUGGCCGUAGAUUCGCACAUAUUUUUUGCCAACAUACGGCCGGACUACAAAUGGACCUAUUUUGAACGUACUGUUGUUUAUUGUUACUUCAGGCCAGAAAGGCCUGGGACAACGGUCACCUUUUGGGAUACAAAUAAUAAUGAGUGCUACAACAAGUUCAUCAAAUCCCUGUUGGGCAUUGCAUCUUAUGGUGAGCAUUGUGUUCUGGCAAUAAAGGCAGAGGAAGACAAUACAGGCGGACAAUAUGGCCUUAUCCUGUGCAAUGCUAUUAGCACUCCAGUUGAUAGUAAAUACAUGAACAUUGAACCUUUAUGGAUAGCAAUGAAUACAUCGUACGUGUUUGCUGCAUCACAUGAUAACUUUUUACUUUGGCACUAUAAAACUCCAAAAGCAAGAUCAUCAAUACAUAUCCCAAGUUCCCACCAGCGCAAAGAACGGCUUUAUCAUGUUGAUGAUGCUCCUUCAGGAAUAGCUGAAGUUAUUCAGGAUCUUGAUAGAUCCUAUGAGCCAUCUACAAACCUGCAGCGAACUGUUGACCCAAUAUGCUGCAUGACAGCAUCUGAUAAAGUGCUGCUGAUUGGCCGUGAAUCCGGAACUUUGCAGCGAUACAGUCUGCCGCAAGUUGCCUUGACAAAUAGGUAUUCACUCUUCUGUCGACCUCAUAAGCUGGCACUCAAUUGCAAUUCAACGCGACUGGCUAUUAUUGAUGUAACUGGAGUGCUUAACUUCUUGGAUAUUGAGUUAUCCUCCUCAAGCAUUGCCAACAGUGGUUUACAAACAAACAACUCAAACAAAGAUGUGAACAAGUUUGAGCGUAAAGAUGUCUGGGCGGUGAAGUGGGCAACUGACAACCCUGAGCUACUUGCCAUCAUGGAGAAGACACGAAUGUACGUGCUGAGAGGUUUGGAACCUGAAGAACCCAUAGUGAGCUCAGGCUAUAUUUGCUCGUUUCAGGAUUUGGAGAUUCGUGCUGUACUUUUGGAUGAAAUCAUGUUAAACCCAGAGCAGCCAACGGAAAAUUAUAUUGUAGAUUUGGAAGUGAAAUCUUUACGAGAUACAAGGGAGUUGCUGAGCAAAGUGGGAGUGGCUGAGGCAACUUCCUUUGUCGAAGAGAACUUCCAUCCUAGACUCUGGCGUUUGUUGGCGGAAGCAGCUGUGCAAAACCUCGAUUUACAAACUGCAGAAGCAGCUUAUGUUCGCUGUAGUGAUUAUGCUGGAAUUCAGUUUGUCAAACGGCUGUAUAGCAUUCAGAGUGAUGUCUUGAAAAAUGCUGAAGUUGCUGCCUAUUUCAAGAGAUUUUCUGAUGCAGAAAAGUUGUAUCUUGAAGCUGACAGGAGAGAUCUGGCAAUUUCCUUGCGAGAAAAGCUGGGGGAUUGGUUUCGUGUUGUGCAGCUUAUGAAGAUGGGUACAGGAGGUACGGACAUGCUGAUGGAAGAAGCAUGGAAUUCCAUUGGGGAUUUCUUUGCAGAUAGACAAAUGUGGUCAGAUGCGCGUGAAUACUACCAGAAAGGUCAUAACUUAAAGAAAGCUAUUCAGUGCUUGUAUGUUCUUGAGGACUAUGAAGGAUUAGAGCAGUGUGCAAACAGUUUGUCUGACAACCAUGAACUGCUGCCAACUAUUGCAGACAUGUUUGCUUCUGUUGGAAUGUGCCACCAAGCCGUUGCUGCUUAUAUGAAGUGUGCUGAUGUGAAAAACGGCGUGAACGUUUGUGUCAGCUUAAAUCAGUGGGAUCAAGCCAUUGAUUUGGCUAAAAAAUAUAAACUGCCAGAUAUCAACAGUCUUCUCUCCAAGUACGCAGCUCACCUUUUGGAGAGAGGAAGACUCUUGGAAACAGUGGAACUUUACAGAAAAGCUAACUGUUUGGUUGAUGCUGCUAAACUUCUUUAUAAGCUGUCUGCAGCUCAGGCAAAGAAGAGAGCUCAUCCUCUACUGGUUAAAAAACUGUACUUGUUGUCAGCAUUGCUACUUGCUGAAAAUCAGCGAUCAACAACAUCUUCUGCAGGUGAUCAGAACAAAGCUCCUUGGGGGCUUCUUGAAAGCAGCAUGGAUAGAAAAGUUGAUACCAAAAUGGUGGACAACAUUUGGAGGGGAGCCGAGGCAUACCAUUUCUAUAUGCUGGCUCACAGGAAACUGUAUGAUGGAUUUGUAGAUGCAGCCAUGAAAACAGCUUUACAUCUCCGGGAAUACGAUGACAUUUUAGAUCCAGAAGACAUUUACACAAUCCUUGCUCUUGCAAGUUGUGCCAACAGAGCAUUUGGAACAUGUUCGAAAGCCUUCAUCAAGCUGGAGAUGUUGAAUAUUCCUGAAGCUAGACGACGGGAGUAUGAAGCUUUAGCAAUGGACAUAUUCACAAAACAUUCACCUGUGGAUUCUGAAUCAUGCAGCUCUCGUUCCGAGUGUGCGUCAUGUGAAACCAUGAUUCCUGAUUGGUGUAGUGUGUGCCCCAACUGUGGUGUUCACUUCCCAAUCUGCCUUGUAACCGGUCGACCACUAAUGGACAUGUCAUCAGUUUGGAUGUGUAAUGUGUGUAAACACUACGCCGGUGAGAUGGAUAUGUCAGUUUGGAAGAGUUGUCCACUUUGCCAUAGUGUUAGUCAGUCUUUGUAAUAGUUGUGCACAGCACAUUAUGUAUUUGUCACGAUUGUAAAACUAACUUUGUGCACUUACCACAAACACCAAUAAUAUAUUUUUUUGUAAAAUCAAUUUUACAUUAAAAGCUCCAAUUCAUUCCUUUA